UUAUCCUGUGGUCAAUACUGUGGUUAAGGGCUUCUUUGUCGAGCGAGCGCAUACACACACACACACAUACGACGAUGAUCAUAUAAAUACGUUCGAAAGACAGGACAUUUUUCAGUCAAUCUUGAGCACUCCAAGCAACAAAAUGAAGACUUUCAUCGCAGUGGUGUCACUAAUGGGAGUGAUGGUCUCCCAGAGUGGACCAGGCGUCAUGGGCAUGCCCCAAACCUCCUUACCUGCCUCCACCCCAGGUCCAAGCUCUUUGGAGCAGGUCAAUGAAGAAGGCUCCCCCGAUAUCACGAAGCCUCUGGACCCUCCUCCGCCAUUGUACUUUACCGCUCCAGCCUCCGUGAACUCGGCAGAGAAAUGCAAGGCCAUGGCCGAUGGAGCAGACAAACCCGCUCUCAGUUACCCGCCAAUCUUCGUCACGCCUGAGAACAGCAACAUUUGUAUCUUCUCCAUUGCCGACAGCUGGCGUUACGAGGAGGGUUUCACAGGUAACUGCAAUGGCGAAUGUUGUGAAUACGUGACCCCUAACGAGGAAGGCAAGCCCUCAGUCCCCAACCAAGAGCUCUCCGUGAAAUGGACCAGCAUUUCAGAGUCUGAAAAUUGCCAAAGUGGAGAUAAAACAGAGGCCAAGCCCCAAAUCAUGAAGGGCGAGUUCCGAGAUCAAGUCUACAUUUGUCACAACACCAGAGACAACCUCGACGCGUUCCAAAAAUCUUUGGUGGAACUUCAAAUUUGCAGCAACGGAUGUUGCAUCUUUGCUCCCCCGGGAGCCCUUGUCCCUCAAGAAUAGAGAGAUAUUCAUUGAUCUGAUUUUCAUUUUGUUGAUAAACAUGGAUAUGUGUUUAAUAAAGGCUAAGAAAACCCGAA